GGUUUGGUGUAAUUAGUUCAAGGAAUUGAAGCUGUCACAUCUCAGCUGGAAUAGAAAGUAGUUUCCUAAUCAUUUUUCAAAAUGAUUAAUUCUAAAUUCACCGACACUUUCAAUACAUGUCGGAGUGACAAGUGUAGUCAGUGUACACAGUCAACGUCAAAAACAGUUUACAUUGAUGUUUAUUCAGCUUCUUCGUUGGAAUAAACACGUGCAGAUUUGAAACGGGUGCUUGAAAAUUACCAGAUUUAAACAUUUUUUUUUUUAAACUCAAAACCCGGGGGGAUCAAAAGGAACAUGAAGUAUUAAUGCCAUGGCUAAUUAGAACAUCUGCGUGAAAUUAAAUGCAACAUCAUGGCGAAAGUAAAUCAUCAUCAAUCGAAUGUCAGCUCUUCAUUCGAGUCAUGGCUACUGUCUGGGGAACGGUUAAAAACCAAAUGUUUUGUCAGCCCAAAGUAAACUAGCAAAUUCAAAACAAAGUCUCAGUCUACAGUCGGUUAGCUGUCAUCUUAUCCAAACUGAAAUACAAAAAGAGGACAAGCAGCGAAAAUCAGAACUGAAUUUAACAUCAAAAAAAGAAACAGUAUGUAUGAAAUGGCCAAUGGCGCAGAAACAAACAGUGCAAAGUACCUGAAUUAUUACAUGUACUGAGCAUCGAUGUCAGCAAGAGUCGUAAGACGAUGCUAUUUAAAAACACAGCAUAUAUUUUAGUGGUGUCACCCAACAGUGCCCAAUAUGCAUUCAUGUUCACAUUUCUGUUUGUUAUCCUUUUACUUUAACUGUCAAGGUUGAAUAUCAAAUCAAUGAGCCCGGGCAGACCCACAAAACGUACUCGCUCUUUCAAAACAUCUUUGAAUAAAAAUCUAAACGAAAUUCGUUAUUCCAGUCGAAUUAUCCGUUUAACUUGCCAGCGCUCGAUCCUGCUGCUUCUGCCCCCACUCACACGCUUGAUGACUGCAGUCAACAGUGCGGAAUAACACAGACAGCAGUUUUAAUUUCACGAAAAAGAAAUAUUAAAAGGCACUGAGGAAGAAACUAAUCUUCAGACAGUUAAUUUCUUUUACUCUAUUUAUCAAACUGAACGACUUAGGCCGGCCAAGCGAUGGCAAAGAAAAUGAAAUGAAAGGUUUAUUUGUUGUAUUCAUUAUUUUCACUGACUGGCUGAACACGCCCACUGUCAACGUUAGACGUACAUGUAAAUGAGCUUAAAUGGCCUCUGCAAUUUUAAAAUCGUUUGACUGGAACAACCGAAGCGAGCGCACGACAAAGUCACGCGAAACGGUCAACGUCACGAAAAUUUUCGCUGCGGCCAAGGUAAGGCCAAGCGACAGAAGGCAAGGUCCAAAUCUCGAAGAUCAGGGUGCUGUUUCUAAAAACCGAAGGAAGAAGCAGUAGCCCACGAAGCUAUUAAACCUGAAGAAUACGCUACUAUGAGGUCAAAUUGUAUUCCGGGCCUGUCGCUUGUCAUUUUGGUGAUUAAUGUGCCUUGCUUUAGUGUGGGCCUAAAAUGCUACACGUGCGUGUCAGAAAACUCUUGGGAAGACUGUGAAAGGAGCUUGAAAGUUACCAACUGUCCUGCUCCAGAGGACGAAGUUUGUGUCAAAGAACAACUUGUGGAACACGACGACAACAGCCAGGAAGGAACCAAGAACACCUUUUCCAAAUUUUGCGCCAUGGCAGAAGCGUGUAAGGACACACACUGUAAAGAAGCUGGAAAAUCAUGUGAUCCAAAAUGUUGUCAUACAGAUCUGUGCAAUAUGGCGGAAACGAUACGACCUUCGCCAGCGAUGUUUGUGUUUUGCCUGCUGUUGGUGAAUUUUGCCGUAAUGAUGUUCAAAUGAUGAACAGCUAAAUAAACAAUAGCCCCCAUUUGGCACGAAAAUAUGCUCGGAUAUUUGUCCGCGGACAUUAUCUGU